AGCUGAGCAAAUACCAGUCGCUGUGUACUUCUAGUGUAAUCGCGGCAGGCACAGCUAGUAGAUUGAAGAUCGUCUCGCACUCUAUGGUGUUGCGGGCCUAUGAGGAGUAGAAGAAAGUGAAAGGACUGAAGUCGUAAAAGGGGGGGAGACGUGGACCCAGGAUUGCAUGAACGUUUAACUCGACUCAUGCUUUACAUUUUCAGCAUCAUGCUGGCACUUUUUAGUGCGUUGUAGAAAUAUUAAUGGCAAAAGAAAUGGCUUUUGUGACUUGUACUUAGUUGCCAUUACGACUGUUUUUUUCUUUUUCUUUUUGCUUAUCGUGGUGUGUUCAUUUAAAGUAAAUUCUGACUGGACUGAAAGCCGCGUUUUCCUCAGUUUGUUGGGACGAUCGGUGUACUAAGUUAACAAGUGGCUAACGGCGAGCGCGGCAGCAGGCUCGUGGACACGUUUUAUGUCAUGGAGAGCAAAUAAGUUAUGAGGAGUUUAAUUCAUUGAGCUCACAAAUGCAGUGAAGGGAGCUCGCAUGCUUCCGGGUUUCGCGAGAUUGGUGUGCGGCGGAUGAUGAAAAAGCGGAUGGUUUGGCUAAUUACUGGAAUAAACAGGAGAAUGAUGAAGCUGCUGAUUGCCCUCGCCUUGAUCGCUUAUGUUGCCUCUGUUUGGGGAACCUAUGCCAAUAUGAGAUCAUUGCAUGAAAAUGGAGAACUGAAGAUUGAAAAGAAAAUUGAAGAGGUAAUUGCACCUCUUCGAGAAAAAAUUAGAGAUUUGGAAGUCAGCUUUACACAGAAGUAUCCACCUGUGAAGUUCUUAUCCGAAAAAGAUCGCAAGCGAAUUCUGAUAACUGGAGGAGCAGGGUUUGUUGGCUCACAUUUGGCUGAUAAACUCAUGAUGGAUGGCCAUGAAGUAACAGUAGUAGACAACUUUUUCACUGGAAGAAAGAGAAAUGUAGAACAUUGGAUUGGUCAUGAAAAUUUUGAGCUGAUAAAUCAUGAUGUUGUGGAACCACUCUAUAUUGAAGUGGAUCAGAUCUAUCAUUUGGCUUCUCCUGCAUCACCACCAAAUUAUAUGUACAACCCUAUUAAGACAUUGAAGACAAAUACCAUUGGAACGUUAAACAUGUUGGGUUUAGCAAAACGUGUGGGAGCCCGACUUCUGUUAGCAUCUACUUCAGAAGUAUAUGGAGAUCCAGAGGUGCAUCCUCAGAGUGAAGAUUAUUGGGGUCACGUUAAUCCAAUUGGCCCCAGAGCAUGCUAUGAUGAAGGCAAAAGAGUUGCUGAAACCAUGUGUUAUGCUUAUAUGAAACAGGAGGGAGUGGAGGUGCGAGUUGCAAGAAUAUUUAAUACCUUUGGUCCUCGUAUGCACAUGAAUGAUGGUAGAGUUGUAAGCAAUUUCAUCCUUCAGGCCCUACAAGGAGAAGCUCUUACUGUUUAUGGCUCUGGAUCCCAAACAAGGGCUUUCCAGUAUGUUAGUGAUCUUGUGAAUGGACUUGUUGCUUUGAUGAACAGCAAUGUCAGCAGUCCAGUAAAUCUGGGCAAUCCAGAAGAACACACCAUAUUAGAAUUUGCCAAAUUAAUCAAAAAUCUUGUUGGCAGCAGAAGUCAAAUUCAGUUUCUUCAGGAAGCACAGGAUGACCCUCAACGAAGAAAGCCAGACAUCAGAAAGGCCAAAAUGCUGUUAGGAUGGGAUCCUGUGGUUCCAUUGGAGGAAGGUCUGAAUAAAACAAUCCAUUACUUUGGUAGAGAACUGGAGUACCAGGCAAAUAACCAGUAUAUCCCCAAACCAAAACCUGCCAGGAUAAAAAAAGGCCGAUCGAGGCACAAUUUAUGAGCCAAGAAUGGAACGUUGAACUCACUUUUAAAGCUACCGGGAUAUGGCAAAUAUUUUCCCUCAGUUUCUCUUUUUGUGAAGAAUAAAUUGGACAGCUCUAUUCAAUUCAGCUUGCUUUACAAACAUGGAUGUGCCUAAAAUGCCUUGCACUUUUUAAUAUGUCUUUUAUUUAAAAAUAAUUGUAGCAAAAAACGAAAAUCCAGUUUUUUGAAGUUUUCUAUUUUUCACUUAAUUUCAUGUUCAGACAUUUUGGAGAAAGUGGUCUUAAUUUAGUUUCUACGUAAGUGCAGAAGGAGAGCGUUGUGUCUUAUGUUUUUAUUUAAAACCGUAUGUAUGAAAACCUUCUUUGUGGCUUCCCUAAGCACUCCGAGGCUUUAACUGAACAACUGGUAUUGUCAUUUGUGUGUUCACUGACAUUGAUUUGUAUAGCUAGAACUCUUCUUUCCCUCUAAGCCAUCUCUGAAUAUUUGUAAAGCUGCCAUUUUUAUAAAUGAGCUUGAGACAUAAGUGAGUAUGUGCGUGUGCACAAGUGUGUGGUGUGUUUUUAUAUAUAUAUAUAUAAAAUAUAUAUAUAUAUUACUGUAUAUAAAGAGAAGGAGAUUUCUCUCUUUUUCACUUUGUAUUCUUGGGCAAGGUGGCUUUGAAUUACUGUUUUAAACUAUGUGAGCUCUGGGAAAGAAUUGACUGUAUCAUAAGCCACCAUGGAUUGAUUGAUAUGUUAUUUUAAUAAAAUUUUGAUAAAAGUUA